GCGGGCCCUUGAGUUCCCAGGACAACCCAGGCCCUCCGGCGGAAGCGGCGGGACCCGAGGGCCGUCUGAGGCUGUAGUGGGCGUCGCGGGCGUUUGCGCCGUGGAACUCGCGGUCGGCGCGACCACCUCUGCCCACCUACUCAACACACUGCUCUGGGCCGCCAUGAAGGACUCGCUGGUGCUGCUGGCUCGCGUCCCGGCACACCCGGACUCCCGCUGCUGGUUCUUGGCCUGGAACCCCGCGGGAACCCUCCUGGCGUCGUGCGGUGGUGACCGUAGAGUCCGCAUCUGGGGCACGGAAGGUGAGAGCUGGAUCUGCAAAUCUGUCCUUUCUGAAGGCCACCAGCGCACUGUGCGGAAGGUGGCCUGGUCUCCCUGUGGCAAUUACCUGGCCUCCGCCAGUUUUGAUGCUACCACUUGCAUUUGGAAAAAGAACCAGGAUGACUUUGAGUGUGUAACUACUCUGGAGGGCCAUGAAAAUGAGGUCAAGUCAGUGGCCUGGGCCCCUUCUGGCAACCUCCUUGCUACCUGCAGCCGAGAUAAGAGUGUGUGGGUCUGGGAAGUUGAUGAAGAAGAUGAGUAUGAAUGUGUCAGUGUCCUCAACUCUCAUACACAGGAUGUCAAACAUGUGGUUUGGCACCCAAGCCAGGAGCUGUUAGCCUCUGCCAGCUAUGAUGACACAGUGAAGCUGUACCGGGAGGAAGAAGAUGAUUGGGUAUGCUAUGCCACUCUUGAAGGCCAUGAAUCCACUGUGUGGAGCUUAGCCUUUGACCCCAGUGGCCAGCGCUUGGCAUCUUGCAGUGAUGACCGUACUGUGCGUAUCUGGCGCCAGUAUCUACCGGACAAUGAGCAAGGGGUGGCAUGCAGCGGCUCUGACCCCAGCUGGAAAUGUAUCUGCACUUUGUCAGGCUUCCACUCCAGGACCAUUUACGACAUUGCUUGGUGUCAGCUGACAGGGGCCCUGGCUACGGCUUGUGGCGAUGAUGCCAUCCGUGUGUUCGAGGAGGAUCCCAGCUCAGAUCCACAGCAGCCCACCUUCUCCCUGACAGCCCACUUGCCUCAGGCCCAUUCCCAGGAUGUCAACUGUGUAGCCUGGAACCCUAAGGAGCAGGGGCUUUUGGCCUCCUGCAGCGAUGACGGGGAGGUGGCCUUCUGGAAGUAUCAGCGACCAGAAGGCAUCUGAGCCACCCUGACUUUGGACAGAAUCAUGGUUCCCCAGAAAAUGUCCUAAGACUUUCCCAGCCCUAAGAGGACCUGGAGGAGGACCCUUGACCUUCGCCUAACUUGGCUCUCUUCCAUUCUGACUUGGGGAGAAGUGCAGAGCCACAGAACCACUCACUCGUCCCCUUUGACAUGGGGCCCUUGGUAAAGAGCUACAGAACAGCAGUGGUUUGUGGUUAUGCCACAGGUUUUGCUUGCUUGAGGGCCCAGUGUUCAGUUUUGGGGGGUGAAUAUAGUAUUUAUAGUCACCCUACCUCUGUGUAAAAGAGGUACAUCUUAGGCUUUUCAGAAAUUGGAAGCUUUAUAGAAAUAGGUCAUCUGAAUCCCAAGUCCUAUUUCAUAAGGACAUUCACAACUUAAAAGAAUUCCAUGGUGAGUCCUUUCCUGAAAUAGGUCCUGCCUUCCUGGUUUCUGGGUAAAUUCUUACAUUUAAGACAUUCAGUCAGUAUUAGAAGGAAAUUUUUUUAAUGUAGGCUGGCUUAGAGUGAGACAUGCUUCUGCUUUCCCUUAGAAACUCGUGUAUCUUCUGUGCCAGCCAGUACACUGUGGUGGCAACUGGAAAUGCUGAAAAAUAAAUCCGGAAGGGUGUGAACCCUAAAAAAGAGUUAUUAUUGGCUACAGGCAUACAUUCUCAAUGAAGCUGAAAAUCAGUUCUUGGGUGGGGGGCAAAAAAAAAUCUGAGAGACUAUCAUUUGUGGCUCUCUAAUGAACCUCCAGUAUUAAAUUUUCAUGGUGGGGGCAAAGAGAAAAAAGACAUCUAAUAAGGCUCAUUUAGGGGCAUGAUAAUGAAGAAUGGUAGAGAAUCACUCCUUAAGCUAUCACUUCAGCCUCAUUCAGGUUGUCUUCUGGAAGUCACUUCCAUAAUGGGUUUGGACUUGAGGACCUCCCCAAAGCUAUAGCCUUCACCUGAUUUUUUUUCCACUGAGAUCAUGACCUUAGAUUUUGAAAAGACAGCUGAGGACAGUGUCUAGUGCAAUGACUGUCAGUGUGUGUGGUCCCGAGAGCCUUUCAGGGGACCUGUACAGUCAGCUGUGGCAGGAGUCAAAGCAGUGGCACACCAUUCUAGUGGUCAGUCAUCACUGCCUUGCCCUCACAGUAUAAACAGUGGCAACCUCACUUAGAAAUGUCGGAUAGAGCCAGUUAAAAAUUGCAUUAAAUCUUGACCCCCAAGAACACAGCUAACGUGCCGACAGUGGGAAGCAGGAUAAAGCCCUUCCGCCGCACACUGAAGUAAGGCCAUCUCGACGAAAAGCCAUUGUGCAAGCUGAACUGUCUUCCUGGCCCCUUCUUGAAGAAACUAGCAAAUUCUGUUAUGUGGACUUGGCUUAUCUGGCAGACGUUUUCUGGGAAAUAGAUGGAGUGAGCCUUUCACUUCAAGGGGAAACUGGUGGUAUUGCCAAUGAAAAAACAAAGCUCUCAAGAAAAAAAUUAAAAUUUUUGAAAAGCUGUAUUGCCACCUUGAGACUGACAUCUUCCCAACGCUUAAGACUCCUCUGAGGAGAUUGGUGGUGUCAACGGAUGUGAUCCACAUGACCAAAUGUGUCAUUUGGAAGAUCUGCCUAAAUAAGUGAACGAGCAUUUUCCACAUGACUAAUGCGCGAUAUUACAAAAUCUUUCAUGGUUAAGAAACUCAUU